AUAAGGGGAACGAUAAUGUGGAAGUCAUCACUAUACUGUUUGGACGCUGCAGGUGCAGAACCACAGACAAUAACCAUGAAGCUGGCCAUCCUGGUGCUGUGUCUGGUGGCGGCGGUGGCUGCCAGCCCCACCCGCGGCUGCUGUGGAGGAGGCGCCGCCGAUGGAGCAGCCGGAGCCGACUCCGCCCAGGCCCAGGCGCCCGGCCUGCAACUGCAGAAGAGCUCGGCUUUUGCCGGGGGAGACGCUCAGGGAAACGCUGCCUCUAUUAACGAGGCUAAGAGUGACGUCUCGCAAACCCAGGGCUUCUUCGGAGAUAGCCAGUCUUCGGAUAACACGGCCAAGAGCGAUCAGUUCACUGGCUAGAGCGAGAAAACAACUCUUCGAAAAAACUCGACUAAUCGAAAAAGUUUUGGCCUCUGUUUGACAAGUGACUCCUCGUAUGUCAGUGAUGGUUUCUGUUGUUCGGCAUUUUGUUUUUGUGUAAUACAUUUGGCCAUUUUUCUCCAA